GCAUGUCCAGGUGGUUAUAACUCAUAUCUGAUCUUCCCCUUUCUCCAUGGACUUUGGCUUCUAUGUGGAAUGUCUCCUUUCUCUUCUUCACAGUUACUUUUCGUUAGAAGGAUGAACUGAUCUUUUAAGGAGAAGCAUUGUUCCAAGUCCAUCAGCGAUUUCAUUGCAUCAAGUGACACUGAAAACAUUGAAUGUGUGUUUAUAUGGCUUUGCCAUGUUUCAAAAUCUGUUGGAUGUUUGCAGCAAACACAGUCUUCCAAUGCCUGAGCUCUGCAGAUUAGCAAACAAUAGAGAAAAUGAAGAGAGAUGGAAAUCUGAUUUUGAAGGCUACACCAGGUGCUGUUCUGGAGGACCAUCAGAAAAAGUCAGAGAACCAAAGCAUUUCUGAAUUCAUCCUCAUGGGUUUUUCCAUUGGCCGUCAAAUUGAGCUCCUGCUAGCCUUCCUUUUUUUAACCAUUUACAUUACAAGCCUGGGGGCCAAUAUGGUCAUCCUCUGCAUUGUAUUGGUAGAUAACCGCCUCCAUAACCCGAUGUACUUCUUUCUUGGCAAUGUCUCCAUACUGGACAUCUUCUUCACCACUGUCACCAGCCCCCAAUUGCUCUGGAACCUCCUCUCUGGGGACAAGUCUAUUUCUUUUGCUGGCUGCAUGACACAGUCUUAUUUUUAUUUCUUCUUAGGGACAGUACAGUUUCUUUUGUUUACCUCCAUGUCCUAUGACCGCUAUGCUGCCAUAUGCAGGCCAUUGCAAUAUCAUGCGAUCAUGAAUAGCCAGGUCUGCAUCCAGAUGGUUUUGGCUUGCUGGCUGGGUGGGUUCCUCUCAGUUCUUAUUCCCACCAUUAUGAUCUCCAGGCUGUCCUACUGCAAGUCUAAUGUCAUCAACCAUUUCUUUUGUGACAGUGGCCCUCUGCUGAAUCUGUCCUGCAGUGACACCCAAGUGAUAGAGUUGAUGGACUUUGUGCUGUCUUCUGUUGUUAUCCUCUGCUCUUUGAUCUUAACCUUAGUCUCUUAUGUGUGUAUCAUCUCAGCAAUAGUCCACAUCUCUACCCCUUCAGGUCAGGCAAAAGCCUUCAAUACUUGUGCUUCACAUCUGACCAUCAUCUCCAUCUCCUGUGGCAUCAGCAUCUUCAUCUACGUCACACCAUCCCAAAAGGAGACUCUUGAAGUCCAUAAGGUCCCUGCUCUACUCACCACAAUUGUCUGUCCUUUCCUGAACCCUUUCUUCUUCACCCUGCAAAAUGGUACGGUGAAACUGGUACUAAGAAACAUGAUGAAGCAUGUUACAGAGCGGAUUGCUCAUAAAGUUUGUGGUGUGUUGGGAACGAAUGGACACACUAAGUGGGGAAACCAGGCAAAAGCAUGAUGAUGAUAAGAUGGAAAAACAAUAAAGGGGCUUGAGAAGAGAGAUUUCUCUUCAUCAAGUUGUAUCACUUUUUGUUUUUGGUAACAACACUAUAAGAUAUUAAUGAUGCAUGGCUGAAAGUGGACAUUCAUGUAUAAUAUCCUAGGGAAGAAUUUCAUUUCUGAGCAAUCUUUCUGAAAACUAAAGUAAUAGAUUUCUUUUUUAAUGGUAAAGUAUCUGUUGAAGAGUUAACAGGGUCCAUCUCUCCCCACUCUACAGUAUUGGGAAUAUUUCCUUUUAAUAAAAAGAAACUAGAGAUAGUCAUUUUUCUAAUUAUUCACAAUCAUACUGUAUAAUGGCCUUUUUGCUGAAUAUUGUUGCUAUUAUUUCUAACUGAUCUUUUAGGGCUUGCCAAGAUUUGAAUGGAAGGUUCAACUCAGGUUGGUUAUGAAAGUUAUUUAUGUCCCUUGGUAACAAAUAGUUAUGUACAUUUGUUACUAAUGGACCUAUAGAAAGCAUACCCACACCUGGAAUGCCAGUUGCAGCCUCUUAUCAACCUUUGCCUAACCACAUACUUUCAAUUUGAUGGGAAA